CCAGAAUAUACACACAUACUACGUAGUGUUGUCUUAGCUAGUGUCAUCUAUUCCUAACCCUUAACCAGAUUUUUAUUUCUGUGUGAUUUUUCCAUAAUGGGGCAAUUUAUAUGUAAACACGCAUAAAUGAAGAAUCAGUUAGGUCAGUUGUGUUGUUGAGUGGAAAACGGCACUCACUGAAAUUCAUCUUCUUCCCCCUAAUAAACAUACUCACCGGGCACCUCCGAGUGGACCCAAGUGGACCUUGACAGAAGCGAGGCCCUUCGUACACAUACAGUGAUGGAUACGAGGACAGCAACAGCUGAACUGGGCUGGAUAUCGUUCCCUGCCAAUGGAUGGGAGGAGGUGAGCGGCUACGACGAGAACCUCAACACCAUCAGGACGUAUCAAGUGUGCAAUGUGUUUGAGCCCAGCCAGAACAACUGGCUCCUCACCACCUACAUUGACAGAAGGGCGGCGUUGAGAAUCUACGUGGAAAUCCGCUUCACUGUACGAGACUGCGCCUCCAUCCCCAGUGUCCUUGGCUCCUGCAAAGAGACGUUCAACCUCUACUAUUUGGAAACCGACAGGGCCGUGUCAGAGGCCGUCCGAGGGGUGGAAUAUUGGGCCAAUGCCCCCUUUCUCAAGGUGGACACCAUCGCAGCAGAUGAGAGUUUCUCCCAAGUGGAUUUUGGCGGCAGGUUAAUGAAGGUGAACACAGAAGUUCGGAGUUUUGGCCCACUGUCCAAAGGAAAAGGCUUCCAUUUGGCUUUCCAGGAUCUGGGAGCUUGUAUGUCCCUUCUUGCUGUCCGAGUUUUCUACAAAAAAUGUCCCAGCAUCGUUCAGAACUUUGCUUACUUUCCAGAGACGCUGACCGGAGCAGAAUCGACGUCGCUUGUCAUUGCUCGAGGAAGCUGCAUCCCCAAUGCAGAGGAAGUGGAUGUGCCCAUCAAACUUUACUGUAACGGCGAUGGCGAGUGGAUGGUACCCAUUGGCAGCUGUAGCUGUAAGGCGGGUUAUGAACCAGACAAUGACAACUUGUGCAGAGCUUGUCCGCAGGGCACCUUUAAAUCAUCCCAGGGGCCCGGAUUAUGUCAGCAAUGUCCACUCAACAGCCGCUCCACCAUCGAAGCGGCCUCCCUUUGCGGUUGUCGCAACGGCUACUAUCGGGGCGAUAUGGACAAGCCGCACGACCUGUGCGCCAGCGUCCCUUCAGGUCCUCGUAACUUGGUCUCGGUCGUUAACCAGACGUGGGUGCAACUGGAGUGGCAUCCGCCGCGUGACGUGGGUCAUCGCCAAGACUUGACCUACAACGUGUUGUGCCAGCGCUGUCACAGUAGCGAGCGACGGCUGUGUCAGCCGUGUGACGACAGCGUGGCCUACGUUCCGGCUCGGAGGGGCUUAAAAGGAACCAAGGUGGAAAUCAGCAAGCUGCGGGCCCACACCUCAUACGUCUUUGACAUCGAGGCAGUAAAUGGAGUUUCCAAUAAGAGCCCUCAUCCUGCCCAGCAGGUGUCAAUCAACAUUACAACCAAUCAAGCUGCUCCCUCCGUGGUACCCAUAAUGCACCAAGUGAGCUCAACCUGCCGCAGUUUCUCGUUGUCGUGGCCGCCCCCUGAACAGCCCAAUGGAAUCAUCCUGGACUAUGAGAUACGAUACUCUGAUCAGUCUCAACCGUCAGAGUCCAACAGUUCGCUAGUUUGGAGCCAGACCCCCGGUGUGAUUCUGGAGGGGCUUAGGCCGGGUACCGGCUACGUGGUCCAGGUGAGGGCUCGCACCGUGGCCGGCUACGGAGCCUACAGUAAAGAGAUGCUCUUCCAAACGCUCACUGAUGAGGAGUUCAAGUCAGACCUUGGACAGCAGCUCUCCUUGAUUGCAGGCUCCUUAGUAGGCGGAGUUUGUAUCGUUUCUCUGGUAGCCAUCGUCAUCAUAUGUACCAGGAGAAGGCAGUUGAAAGAAAGUGCCUUUGGUGACAAGCUGCAGCAGUACAAUGCUGAGGGAGAGGUGGCGCUGAGAAGUGACAUGUUUAGUGGUCCUACCCCCACGGUGACCUUCCCCACCAUGUCUGAUGGUCACAGUUCACCGGGGGUCAAGAUAUACAUUGAUCCUUUCACCUACGAAGACCCCAACGAGGCUGUUCGAGAGUUUGCCAAGGAAAUUGAUCCCUCGUGUGUCAAGAUAGAGGAAGUCAUCGGUUCAGGAGAAUUUGGAGAGGUGUACAAAGGGCGACUAAAGCCUGUGGGCAAAAGAGAAAUUCCUGUUGCCAUUAAAACGCUGAAGGUGGGCUACUCUGAGAGGCAGCGGCGGGACUUCCUGUCUGAGGCCUCAAUCAUGGGCCAGUUUGACCAACCAAACAUCAUCAGGCUGGAAGGCGUGGUCACCAAGAGUAGGCCCACCAUGAUCAUCACCGAAUUCAUGGAAAAUGGAGCUCUUGACUCAUUUCUCAGACAAAAUGACGGGCAAUUCCCAGUCAUCCAGCUGGUUGGUAUGCUGAGAGGCAUCGCUUCUGGAAUGAGGUACCUGGCCGAGAUGAGUUACGUUCACAGAGACCUGGCGGCUCGCAACAUCCUGGUUAACAGCAACCUGGUGUGUAAGGUGUCUGACUUUGGCUUGUCUCGUUAUCUGGAGGAAGAUACUUCGGAUCCCACAUAUACCAGUUCACUGGGGGGGAAGAUCCCGGUGCGGUGGACCGCCCCAGAGGCAAUCGCCUAUAGGAAGUUCACAUCGGCUUCAGAUGUUUGGAGUUACGGGAUCGUCACCUGGGAGGUCAUGUCGUAUGGCGAAAGGCCUUACUGGGAUAUGAGUAACCAAGAUGUGAUUAAUGCCAUCGAGCAGGACUUCCGCCUGCCGGCUCCCAUGGAUUGUCCGACAGUUCUCCAUCAGCUGAUGCUUGACUGCUGGCAAAAAGACAGGAACGCUCGACCAAAGUUCCCGGACGUUGUCAACAUGUUGGACAAAAUGAUCCGCAACCCCGCAUCCCUGAAAGCUGCCAGCAACAAUGUUGCGCCAGGUCCUUCCCAUCAUCCUUUGUUAGAUGGCGGUGCUCCAGAUCUGAGCCGCUUGAACUCUGUGGAGGAGUGGCUGGCUGCACUGAAGAUGAGCCAGUACAGAGAGUCCUUCUUGGGAUCGGGCUUCACCUCCUUGCCGCUCGUCACCCAAAUCACGGCCGAAGACCUCCAAAGGAUCGGGGUAUCUCUUGCCGGACAUCAGAAGAAAAUCCUGAAAAGUGUUCAGUCGCUGAGGCGUCACAUCGAUGAGCAGUCUCCUACUGAAUCUGUUUAAUGGCCAAUGUUUUUUGGUAAGGGCGGUGUGCUCUACUUUUGCACGUGUACAUGCCAUCCCUCCCCUCCCUUCCUCUUCCUCGCCAACGCGGUUCAGACUCUGCUCUGCUCUUCUCUUCUCGCUUCCGUUUCAACGUAAUGUCUCGAUGGAAGUGAUUAAAUGCAGGGUGAGCAGCUCUUCAAGUGGUUAAAAAGGUAUCUGGUCUUUACAAGCCCUGAUCUGCUCUGACCUGCAUAAAAGCCCGUUUCCGUUUGCCAACUUUUGAAGUUUGAUUCAAGGACAGACAGCGCCACCUUAAGUAGCCAUUGUACAAAGAUGCUAGGGAGGGGGAAAUAGGUAUCUCCAAAGAAUAACCAGUGGUGUCAACGAAAACCUAUCCAAAAAGCACAUUCUUGUGUGAAAAGAUGAAAAGUGAGAACCCAUGGUUAAGUGAGACUGUGACCAUCUUCUUUCUCUUCAUAUUGAAGAAUGUGUACAUAUUAUGAGAUGGGCUGUUUAUCUGCCAAUUUGUCUUAGGACUGUGAUUACUGUUCUUCACAAUGAGCUGCUGUGUUUACAUGAACAACCAAGUUUGACAUGCAUUUCCUGGUCUCUCCUUUUGAUCAUUAAAAGAGUCGAUCACAGCUUCCAAGCCAUGGCUGGCCUACUUGAAUCAUUCAUUCAGAGUACCGUUGUUCAAAUCAGCACAAAUACUCUCGGAAGCCCAGAGAGUAUGGGAAAGACACAUUCAGUACAAGAUUAUUAUUUUAUUUUUUUGGGACAUGCACAAGAGCAACAGACAGGCCACAGUAUACAACUAAUGUAUUCAAAUGAGGUCUUCCUGUUGUGCACAAAAUGCAGUGGAUGGCAAAGUCUUAUGCCGUUUAGCUGCAAUAGCGACACUCGACAGGAGCUCAGUCAUUUCUUUAGCACCUGAACAUGUCGCAUGCGCAAAUCAAGUGACUUUUGUACUUGUGUGGAUGAUGAUGAUGAUGAUGAAACCUUUGGAUGAGUCUGAUUGUUCUACUCACUGCUCAUCCCAUGGGACAUUUGUGAGCGAGCGAUGGAUGGAUGCAUGUGGUCUGUUUUGGAAAAGCAACCGCUGGCAGGCAAAUCCAAAGCCUUUAGAUCUGACAAUUGUGUCAUUUCAACUUUUCAACCAAGAAUACGGGCAAGGCCCAUUUUUUUUCUCCUCCUCAAAGCAGCAAGAUCCACACAGACUUUGUUGGAUAACUAACAAUUGAGGAACCCUCUCAAUUUGCUGCGACAGCUGCAAAGGCGAGUCUCUUCUAUUUUCUAGGAGAAAGAAAUUGGAAGUUGUUAUUUUCAAUAGGUUUUGUUUUCGCAUGACUGAAAUCGGUGUUUUGUCAAGCACCACUGUUUUUCACUGCUUUGUCUUUUUUUUGUUAAUAUCUUGCAAAAAUGGAAAGUACGGAGUAGGGAAAUCUUCCACCAACAAUGUGAUGAAAUACAAAACAAAACCAUGACAUACAAGUCAAUAAAUGCUCAUUGAGCAUUGGGAAAAUACAAAAAUGGUGCCAAAAUCAUUUCUUUGAUGUCAUUCAAUCAGGUUGUCAAUCCUCAAGGGUAUGAAUGACCUCUGACCUCAGGAGCACAAUGAAUGCUCCAGGGUCGUCCUAAUCAGGCAGCCCAUGAUCAUUCAUCUCAGCUGGUGUGUUUUUAUGAUGAGAUCCACUAAUAUCACUUUUGGACUGUUUAUUUUUUUCAAAUUUGUACCAGUCUGAUCAAACAUGCUCUCCGGAUGUGUUAUGCCUUCUCAAUUAUUUAUUCCAACUUGCUAUGUUGACUGUCAAACUAUUAAGGAUGCACUGACACCAUUUGUUGGUUUCUAAUUUAAAAGAUGAACAAAUCGAGCCGAGCCGAGCCGAGCCGCCGUGUGUUUUCAUGUCAAUAACUCGAGCCAUCAUUCAAGCAUCACGUGCCAUUGCCAAUAACACUGUACUAUAAUGGCUCUUUGCACACUCCUGUAUAUUAUGAUGCCGGCGUGUAAAUGGGUGUAUUGUACAUACUUUGUGUGCUGUUCAGUGUACCUAAAACAUGUUUGGUGAGUGCAGGUUUGUAGAUGUUAUCUUUUUGGAACCAAUACACUUGUAAUGCACUGUUGAUCAAUAAAGUCAAUCAAGCUGUCUUUUUCAACAAA